AUGGCUAACCCGGUUAUUCGUGUAUUGUCUACUUUAGACUCUACACCGCACGCCUUUAUCGAACCGAGGAAAAAGAUCCACGAGACACAAGAUGUAUCGACUUUCCUGACAUCCAAAGCCUAUACUGAGAUCAUGACGUGGGUGCUACAACUCAACCGAUCUAUGUUUCCACUCAAGCUGGCCGAUGACACUAUACAAACUUGGAGUCUCAACAGUGAUGCGAUACAAUACUCCGCUCCCGUCCGACAAUUACAGCGACUUCUCUCGAAACUCGAAGAUAUCAUACAGGAGGUUCCACCGGAUACCGGUCCACGGAGAUUUGGAAAUAUAAGCUUUCGGAGAUGGUCUGAGGUAGUUGAAAGUCGCGCAUCUGACCUGCUGAAGGAAUGCCUACCAGCCGACCUCUUGGAUCGGGGAUCAUCAACUGAGGGCGCAACGGCGGAGACGGAGUUGAAAUCAUACUUCCUGGGCAGCUGGGGAAGUGGCCAGCGAUUGGACUAUGGUACUGGUCAUGAGCUGAGCUUCCUGGCUUUUCUGGGUGGAUUAUGGAAGCUGAAUGGAUUUCCCAAAGCUGGCCCAGGCGUGGAAGAACGAGCCAUUGUCAUCGGAGUGAUCCACCCAUACCUGGAGCUAACCAGACUGCUCAUCAAGACAUACAACCUUGAGCCUGCUGGCUCUCACGGCGUAUGGGGCCUCGAUGAUCAUUCCUUCGCCCCCUAUGUCUUUGGAUCUGCACAAUUAUCGCCUGCAAUCAAUGACACUGACCUAACUCCUGAAGAAGGCUCACUGCCGAAUGCACCCGACCCGGGAGGGAUCGCCAAUGCAAAAAUUGUCGAAAGGGAACGCCAAAGUAAUCUCUAUUUCUCCGCUAUAGGGUUCAUUUAUGACGUGAAGAGAGGCCCGUUCUGGGAGCAUAGCCCCAUGUUGUUCGACAUCUCCGGCAUUCGAGCUGGCUGGGGCAAGAUCAAUAAGGGAAUGAUCAAGAUGUACAACGCGGAGGUACUCUCAAAAUUCCCCGUGGUACAGCACUUCCCUUUCGGAUCCCUGUUCAGCUGGGAUCGUGAUCCAAAUGCGCCUUUGUCCCCUUCCACGGUUCAUGCCACAUCUGGUCCUCAGGCACGCCCUGUUGCGCCAGAUUCUGGCCACCCUUCUGUUGCCGCUUCCCGUCCUAUGUCCGGGGCAGGCACGCAGGCUGUUCCCCCGGUGGCCUCGACGGCAGCCCCAUGGGCUGGGGUAAGAAGAGAGGGGGUCCCAAAUUCGAUGCCUCGUGGUGCGACCAGAGUUCCCUCUGCUCUUCCAACCACUUCAGGGAUGCCUCCAGGCUCCAUGGCACCGACCAGAGCACCUUGGUCUGCUCGGUCUGGGCCUUCGCCUUCGCAGACUGGAAAUACGGAUGUGCAUACCAAGGCUCCCUGGGCAAAAUGA